GAUUGUUCCACUCAGAACCCAAGGGAAUAAUAGUAAACACAAUUAGCACACUCAGAUUACUCAGCACUAUAGUUGUAUUGAACCCAUCCGCUGUAAAAAAGGAUCGUGUGUGUGGAGUCUAUAAUCUUCAUCCUUGAAAAUGCUUUCCUCAUUCUUUCAUAGAUUACUAGUUUCGCAAUUUCUUAUACUGCACUAAAGGGUAUCGGAGAGACGUCACAGAAGUCGUGGCGCUAUUUUGAAGUCACUGGGUGUUCGUGCACGUACUAAUCAUUCUAAAGUCAAUAGUUACUUUCCAGGAUCAAGAGUUAUGUCUACGGGUGAAGAUGGUCACUUGGUGGAGAAUAUUUGUAAACAAUUCAGAGGUGGACGUACUAAAUGGCGUGGUCGUAGAGGCGGUGGAGAGGGCAUAAACGGAAGACACCAAAACGGUCGACCAGAUGAGGCGCUUGAUAUUGGGGAUAUCCCAUCAAAUGGGGGUGUUCGUGCACGUACUAAUCAUUCUAAAGUCAAUAGUUACUUUCCAGGAUCAAGAGUUAUGUCUACGGGUGAAGAUGGUCACUUGGUGGAGAAUAUUUGUAAACAAUUCAGAGGUGGACGUACUAAAUGGCGUGGUCGUAGAGGCGGUGGAGAGGGCAUAAACGGAAGACACCAAAACGGUCGACCAGAUGAGGCGCUUGAUAUUGGGGAUAUCCCAUCAAAUGGGCUUAUUCAGCAACAAGGUGAACAUCAGCCAAGCGGUAGAGGUGGAAGAGGCGAACGUCGACGUCGUCAAGUUUUUAGUGGUGAAGGUGCUUGUGAUGGUGAGGGUGACAUUGGUACAAGUCGCGGUGGAGCUAGUGUUAUGAUUUAUUGCAGUACGCCAACAAGAAGGAGAGCUGGGAAAUAUAUGAUAUCAUCAUCAUCAUCAGCAGCAGCAGCAGCCAGGUGGGCAGAUCGAAGUGGUUUCUAUCGAUCUCAUGAUUUCCCAUACCAUCAUCAAUACUACCCCAACUACUUCCAGUACUAUCCACAAAUUUUUGUACCUAUUUAUUUAAUUCCUAUCGGUCUGUUUUAUAGUGGUGAUUAUCGUUACUGCUAUCGUAACUAUUAUAACGUACGUGAACAAUUCCCAAAAUCAUCACACAAUCAUUAUCCGCUUGGUUUUUAUAAUACACAAGAACAACAAGGUGGAUAUUAUGGUGAUCGAUAUCAGUACGGUGGAGUUUAUUGUGAUAAUCAAAAUUAUGGUGAUAUAUCAUCAGAUUGUAAAGAAAAUUAUGAUCCUACGAGUAAUAACCAAGUGGAAAUUGAUUUAUCAUCGUCUCUGAAGCAUAUCCAUGUCAAUGAGGACACGACUACUCCUCCCCCUCCUACUACUACUACUACUACUACUACUAAUAAUAAUAAUAAUAAUAAUAAUAUCAACAAUGACGAUAACAACAACAAGAACAACAACAACGAUUACUACUACUACUAUUGCCAAUAUAGAUCAUCAAAAAGGUCUUGAUGUGACAUAAUUGUGCCUACAAGGUCAGUAAACUAUCGUUAGACUUGUAGUAGCGUCUACUUGUAGUUCUUUCAAAAUAUUUCAACCAGUGAUCAACGAUGCAUCGUUUUUGUUGCAUUUCAUUUCAUUGCUCAUCGACACAUACACAUAAGAUACAGACGUCAAGGUUUCUUGUUGUGUUAUAUUUUCUUUUGGCGAGGUAUUUUCAUUUCUGAUAUUAAAACAUUUAUUAUUACUACUAUUAUUAUUAUUCCUAUUUUGUUUAAUAAGAGUUUGUUUUUGUCUAUUCAUUUUUUGUUAAUAUCGUUGAAAUGGUUCACCAGACAAUUCAUCAAUCAUGUGUUUCUCUUUCUACGUAAGAAGACUUUUUGUCAAUAACGACGAAAAUCCGAACACUGGAUACACGAUAGAUUUUGUAUUCCGGUAGUUAUCAUGAGUUCUGUAAAUCUUGUUGACAGGGCACUAAACCGAGUGAGUGAUGUGUAUCACUCGUACGUACAAUUGUGUUUAUUUACAUAUUCGUUAUUGACAUUGAUAUUUUUGUACACCUUGUUCUUUUUCUGACAAUCUUCAUGGAGAAAAAAUUGCGUUCACGUUUUGGAAUUCUCUUGUGUUCUUCUGUUCUGUUCCAUUUGCAUCGAUGUUUCUCAAUGGUAUGGGAAGUUUGGGUUUGGGUCCUCGCCGACGCACUCUUAAAUCUGACUGAAUGAGUUGUAAGCCGAAGAAAGAGGGAAGGUUGGAUGAUAGGAGUAUAGCUUGAAUUCCUAUUUCCCGUUGAAGGUGGAAGACAUGAAAAGACUAG